GCCCCCCGCCCCGCCCUCCCGGCCCCGGCCCCAUCAUGACCGGCUCUGCGGCCGGCACUCACCGCUGCCCCCACCCCAAAGGCGCCAAAGGCACCCGGUCCCGGAGCAGCCACGCGCGGCCUGUGAGCCUCGCCACCAGCGGGGGCUCGGAGGAGGAGGACAAAGACGGCGGGGUGCUGUUUCACGUUAACAAGAGCGGCUUCCCCAUCGACAGCCACACCUGGGAACGCAUGUGGAUGCACGUGGCCAAGGUGCACCCCAAGGGGGGAGAAAUGGUGGGCGCCAUCAGGAACGCCGCUUUCUUGGCAAAGCCUUCAAUACCCCAGGUUCCAAACUACAGGCUGUCGAUGACUAUCCCAGACUGGCUCCAGGCAAUCCAGAACUACAUGAAGACACUACAAUACAAUCAUACAGGGACCCAGUUCUUUGAAAUUAGGAAAAUGAGACCGCUAAGUGGGUUAAUGGAAACAGCGAAAGAAAUGACUCGAGAAUCUUUGCCUAUCAAAUGCCUUGAAGCUGUCAUCCUGGGCAUAUACUUAACCAAUGGACAGCCUUCCAUCGAGCGAUUCCCCAUCAGCUUUAAAACCUACUUCUCAGGAAACUACUUUCACCAUGUUGUGCUGGGGAUUUACUGCAAUGGCCGCUAUGGCUCACUGGGCAUGAGCCGAAGGGCUGAGCUGAUGGACAAGCCGUUGACCUUUAGGACUCUGAGUGACCUUAUCUUUGACUUUGAAGACUCCUACAAGAAAUACCUGCACACAGUCAAGAAGGUCAAAAUUGGGCUGUACGUCCCCCAUGAGCCUCAUAGCUUCCAGCCCAUUGAGUGGAAACAGCUGGUCCUCAAUGUCUCAAAGAUGCUGAGGGCUGACAUACGGAAGGAGCUGGAGAAAUAUGCCAGGGACUUGAGAAUGAAGAUCCUGAAACCUGCAAGUGCCCACUCUCCAACCCAAGUGAGAAGUCGGGGAAAAUCCUUGUCCCCCCGAAGGAGACAGGCAAGCCCCCCGAGACGGCUCGGCAGGCGAGACAAGUCGCCUGCCCUGCCGGAGAAGAAGGUGGCUGACCUCAGCACUUUGAACGAAGUGGGCUAUCAAAUCCGGAUCUAGGCAAGCCAUACACCAGCCAGCAAGAGGGCUUCUAUGGUGCUGCUUUCUGCACUUUACCCAGCGUCUUCAGGAGGAACUCCACUAUUUAUUAAGAACUUGUGAAUUUUAUUUUGAAGGAUUUUCUUGGAAACAGAAUGAGUGGGCGGAAACAACUUGAGAAAAUUCACAAAGGGGCAACUAGGAAAAGGCUCAAGUCAUAAACCAACCCCACUGGGGUAGGACUGCCCCCAUCACUCCAGAUAGAAAGGAUGAUACCAUAACUGUAGUUCUGUAUUUUUCCACUUACUUACAUUCUUUUACUUGCUUUGAACAUUCUGCCUCACCAGUAGUAAAUGUUCAUGAAAGCCUCCCUCCCACUUUUGAUAUACGAAGGUAACUCAAUCAGUGUUAAUGUCUUUUGCAGCAAUAACAGAGGCAGAGAUUGGUGGUUUUUUUUUUUAAGCAGUCACUAUUACCUCAGCAUCUUGACAUCAGAUAUGCAAACUUAAUGGUGUUUUGUUUUUUUAUAUUCUAUUUGUAUUGUUUCCCCAGUAUUUCCCACGGGGAUCUCCACAAAGUUUGGAAAUUUUUUCCUGGUGCAUACAUGUGAUGAGAUUUAAGGUAUUAUAUGCAAGUGUUUUUGCUAAAAAGCACUGAAAUUCUUUUGGCAAUACGGGAAAUCAUUUUCAGGAUCUUGGAGUUCUUAAUCUUUCUUAAAGCAUUUGCUGACAGCAGUUUUUGUUCUUUCAAAAACAAAACAAAAAAAGCACGUUCAGAAGCUAGUCUAUGUUCUGUCACUAACAUUUAAACUUUGCAGACUCUAGCAAAAAAAAUUUAGCAGUAUUGCAAUUAACCUCUGACAAUAACACACUCAGAAAGGCAAAUCAGUAGGUCUUGAGAAACAGAUAACCUUUCUGUUCACAUUUCAUCGGAUGCUUCAACCCUGAGUCAGGCUUGAUUCUGAAGGACUCACUGUUCUUAGACGUGUUCUGAUGUCUUAUAUUAAGACCAAAUGUGGCACAAUGUGAUUAUUUUUCAGUACCUUGCUUUUCAGUACCACGUCAUAACAGUUAGGAACUAGUAUUGGAAAAUGCAAUGAGUUAGAGAAGUGGAACUUGUUUUUUAAAUGGAAAAGCCUUCAAGUACGAUGUUACACCUUAUAGCGUGACUUAAUCCCUGAAGCAAGUAUGAAGAUGUGGCCUGCAUAUGGUUGUUCAAGUGUAACUUCUGGCUGCAGACCACACAAUAACUAGCAGCAUACGAAGUCUGUUAGCAAUAGCGAGUACAGCUCCUGUUUCAUUUGUUCUAUCUUAGUAACCACGCCAACUCAUGAGCCCGAAAGACAUAUAUUUUAAGUGAAGUCUGCUAGUCAACAAAAGUGUUACUUUAGUCUUAAUGCUUCCCUGCUGGCUUUCUUUGACUGAAGGGGAUUUUAGGAAGGGAGUAAAAAAAGAACCUGCUCCUUGAGAUUCUUUACCUGAGGCUGACAUGGAGAGCAGGACUUCAUCCUUCAGCCAUGUGCGUAGGAGCUCACUUUACCCUAAAAAGAUGACUACUGGAAAGUACUAUUUUCUUAAAAAAGAAGGAAGUCUAAUGACCUUUACAUGAACAGGAGCAAGUACAUCUCAAUUAGAUUAAAACACAGCGUAAAAGUUCUGAACUUAGUCGCUUUCUUCAAGAAUAGUAUUAUCAGUUAGUAGAGUUUAAAAUGAAUUAAUCUUUGUAUAUCUUCACAAGGCAAACCCAUUUGUAGCCUCAUGCCCACAUGUCUUUAGAUGUUUGGAGUAGUCAGUGAAUCAUUUCAUUCUCAUUCUAAAACAAAACUGAUUCCUCUCUCUGAGAUAUAACAGAUACAAACACACACACAGCCAAAAAAAUGUAUACACGUUUUAAGAAGGGAAAAAGCUGUAUUAAAAUUGUAAC